CUUUCAGAAACAUUAAAACGUCUUCCGGAACCCUGGUUGUGUGAACGUCCAAGGAUGUUUACAUUUAUUCCAUAUUUGGAUGGCUUCAGAGUGUAAUAGUGUACCUGUUCCUCUCUGUUUCAGUAAACCGAUGAGGGAACAUGAGCUCCAGAAGAUGUGCAGCACCAGCAGGUGACCCAGUCCACCAUCCUCCUGCUUCAGGAGGCCACUAAACUCUCAGACGUCACAGAGACCGCAGUGAUGUCCAGACCUGCAUCUGAGCCUGUUCCCUGCAGCAGCGCCCCGUCCAGCGCAUGUUUCUCACUCAUUUACGAGCUCACAGAUGCGGAGGAACUCAAAGAACCCAGCGAGCUCGCUGAGCUCAUAAAGACACACACAGCGGAUCACAUCAGCGCCAGUGAGAAGACAGAAAACCCGUCUGUGCUGCACAUCGAGGGCCGUUCUGAUCGGGACGAAUCUGUUAUCUCGUCCGCAGGAAGUGGUUGUCCUCUUCACUUCCUAUCUGGUGUCUGAGCGAGACGCUGAGAGCGAGUGGCUCCCUCUGAAAGCUCACAGUGUUCCUCACAGCCGACAGACCUCAAUAAUAAUCUCUUAGAGAGCGCGAGUAAGUCCCGUGCGCAGCCCCGACCCGCAGGACCCCCGCAGCUGGACUGAUCAUCACCUCCGACUACAGGUGGAGCCUCUGAGGGAGGGAGUAUGGUGUGUUUCUGCUCAGCGAGGAGAUCCGGCGCUGGAGGAGAAGCAGGAGCAGGAGCUCCGAAGAGGAGAGCGACUCCUGCGCUCUGUCCCCCUCACCUGUCUUCAUCUCCAGAGCAUCGGCGAGGCUACAGACGACCUUUUGUGGCUUUGUUCGCUGUAUUCACAGCAGGAUCUUCAGUUCAGCUCAACUGAUGUCCAGCUGGAGCAGCUUGUCUGUUGGUGAUGGGGGCUGAUGGAGAGAGACAGGCACUCGUGCAUCACUUCUACACCAGCGCAGUGCUCCGUCAUUCCUGCGGUGAGGUCUCCGCUCCGUGUCUCUGAUCUUCACUGAACGCUGGAGAAACUACGGGAAGGAAGCGCGAGGAGGAGAGCGAGGGUGCGAUCGCUUCACAGAAGACGACAGAGAAAGUGACCACAAACACGGACCGAACAGACAUCUGCAGACCUCCCCAUGAGGAGCGAUGAGAAGAAGCGAUCAUCAGUCUCCGGUCAUGAUGGAGAACGAGCCGCCCAUCUCUCCGUCUGUCCUCCAGCCCGUCAGUCCAGCUCGCUCGAGUUCCCCCGAUGCUGACGCGGCUCGAGAUGCAGAGAGCCGUACGCAUGCAGUCGAACCCGAGACGGACCCCCGCCGGAGCCCCCCCGCCGCCUCCUCGCCGUCCCUCCCGCCCAACAUCCCGGUCAUCAGCCUGGCUCACAGCAAACUGCCGCUGCCUGCGCUCUCCAUGCUGCGCCUGUCCCUGCUGCCUCCGGCCCUCCUGCAGACGCACCCCUUCAUCAGCAGCUCUUUCCUUGGACCAUCGGGAAGCUUUGGGAUCUUCGGGAACGCUCGUAUGAAGAGACGGCCGUCCACACACUUCGAACUGGAGCUCAGUGACGGUCCUCCUCAGAAGAUGGCUCGGCGUGUCUUCACUAACAGCCGCGAGCGCUGGCGGCAGCAGAACGUAAACGGAGCUUUCUCCGAGCUCCGCAAACUCAUCCCGACCCACCCGCCUGACAAGAAGCUCAGCAAGAACGAGAUCCUGCGGCUGGCCAUGAAGUACAUCAGCUUCCUGGUGCAGCUGCUGAAGGACCAGACGAGCGGUCAGCGUGAGGACAGAGACUCCACGGGCUGCGUGACGGUCUCCUCGGGCUCCAGCUGUUACAGAGACACGGACAGCGAGGAAAGCACGGGGACCUGCGGCAUCCAGACCAAACACAGCGGAGGCAUCACGGAGAAGGUGCAGGAACAGAUACUGACGGUCACUGCGAGCAGCUACCAGCGCUGACCAGCUCAAACUGACCCGCUGGAGAAACAUUCAACCAGGGUUGCCAGGUUUUCACAACAAAACCCACCCAAUUGCUACUCAAAACACUAGCCCAAUCAUGGUUUAUUGUGGGGUUCCCCUGGUAAAAUUCACAUUUUUGGGGCUGAAUAUCACGUUAUUGUGGUCUCUUACACCCCUGGACAUGAAAACCCGCCAAACAAUGUAGCUCCUCAGAAACAGUUGUGUUUGCUACAAAG